AUGGGCGAGAUGGCGACGCAGAUUGCGGCAGCGCAGCACGAGGCGGCGGGCCGCAUGGCACAGGUCCUUGAGCUGGAGGGGCGGCUGGCAGACGAGCGGGCGGCCCAUGAGGCGGAGGCCGCCUCCCUGCAUUCCCACGCGUCCACCCUGCAGUCCCAGGUGGAGUCGCUGCAGUCGGAGCUGGAGGCGGCCGCCACGCGCCAAACAGCCGCGGUGGAGGCGGCGCUGGCGGCGGCGGAGGAGCGGGUGAAGCUGGAGCUGAGGGGGCAGCAGCUGGCGUACGAGACACGCAUACAGGAGCUGGAAUUGCAGGCGCGCUAUAUGUCAGCGCUGGAGGUGCUGGCGCCCCCCCAGCCGCCCAGCCACCAGCUAGACGCCCCCGGCUCGCCCUCCGCGGCCGCCGCCGCCUCCCUGAGCGCGGCCGCGUUCGCCGCGAGCCUGGCGGGCGGCUCUGAGGGCGGCGGCGGGUCGCUGGUGGACACGUUUGACGCCCGGCUGCGACAGAUUGUGGCGGAGCGGCUGGGCAGGGCCGAGGCGGCGCAGGCGUGGGAGGCGCGUGUCCAGGCGCUGCACGCUGAGCUGUCAUCGGAGUGCCGGCGACGGCUGGACGCGCAGGACGCCGAGUGGGCGGCGCGCAGCGAUGCGCGGCUCUCGGAGGCCGAGGGCGCGGCGCACCUGCGGCUGCAGCAGGCCGAGCUCAGCUGGUCGCUGGAGCUGCAGCGGACAGAGGCGCGGCUCGGAGACGCGACGGAGGCGCGCGCGAAGCUGGAGGCGCAGGACCUGGCGUCCUCCAGCAGGGAUUGCGCCGCGCUGCGCGCCCAGGCCGACGAGCUGCGCGCGGCGAACGCGGCGCUGGAGGCGCGGUUGGCGGAGCUGGGGCGCGCGCUGGCGCAGCUACAGGGCGCGGUCGGCGAGAUCGGCGCGGCGGCGGCGCGCGGGGAGCGCGAGUCCGCCGCAGAGCUCAACGCCAAGCUGGAGGCGCGCACCGCCGAGCGCAACGAGGCGACGGCCCACGCCGCGGCGCUGGAUGCGCGCCUGAAGGUGUUUGAGGCGGAGCGGGCCAUGCUCCAGCAGCAGCGGCAGGCCGCGCAAGCAGCAGCAGAGGGCGCGGACGCGGCCCGCCAGGAGCUGCAGCUGCAGAUCCAGCGGUUGCAAGGAGACGCCCUGCAGACACAGCACCAGCUCAGCGCGGCGGUCGCGCGUGAGGCGGCCCUGCAGCAGGCGCUCGCCACCGCGCAGUCGGCCGCAGCCGACGCGCAGGCGGCGGCCGCGGGGGCGCAGCAGUCUGCGGCAGGGGGCCGGGAGGCGGCCGCGGCGGCGGACGAGCGGUGGGAGCGGGAGCGGGAGGAGCGGCGGCGGCUGGAGGCGCGAUUGGAAGAGCUCGCCGCGGCGCGCGACGCUGCGUCCCGGGAGGUCUCGUGGCUGCAGGCCGAGGCGGCGGCCCAGGGCCAGCGGCUGCAGGAGGUGUGCGCCGACCGCGACGCGCUGCGCCGCUCCCUCGCGGCAGCUGAGGACGCGCUGCGGGCGUCCCAGCACGACGCGCAGGCGCUGCGGUCCGCGGGCGACGACCUGCGGCGAGCGCGCGACGAUCUUGACCGGUCAAACGCGGACCUGGAGCAGCGGCUGCAGGCGGCCGUGGAGGACCAGCGGCGGAUGGGCGUGGUGAUGCAGGGGAUGGAAGCUGCCAAGCAGGGGCUGCAGCGGCGGCUGACGUGCUACGAAGGCGCUGGGAGCGCCGCGGGCAGCGGCAUGGUCACGCCAACCGGCAGCCCAGCGCCGCGGUCCAGCCCGCUCGGCGGCGGCGCAGCCACCCACAGCAGCCCCGCCCGCGACCCGUGGCUGGCGCCACGGAGCGUGUCCCCAGCAGGCAGCGGCGGCGCCGGCGCGUCCGGCCUGUGGCGGCGCUCUGGAGCGGCGAGCCUGGCGGCUGCGGGGGUGUCGUUCAGCCCGGGCACGGCGGGCGGCGGCGGCGGCAGUUUGACAGACACCAUUCUGGCAGCCAACCUCACGAAUAUCCAGGACAUGGAGGGCGUCAUCUCCGCCUUUGAGGAGGAGCGGCGCGCCCUGGUGGAGCGCCUCGACGCGCUGGCGGCAGACAACCGCGAACUCAGGCAGCAGGCCGCAGCGGCGUCCGACCGCUGCUCAGAGCUGGCGGCUGACCUGGCGGCGCUUCGGGCCAGCGCCCAGCAGAGGGAGGGCGCCCUCGCCCAGGAGGCUGCCCAGCAGGCGACCUACACGGAGCGCGUGCUGUCCGAGGCGCAGCGCGGCCGCAUGGACCUCCAGCAGGUCAACGCCUGGCUGCAGGCCGAGCUGGACGCCUGCCGCGCGGCGCGGCGGCAGCAGGAGGCGCUGGCGGCGGAGGCGCAGCAGCGGGCGGCGGGGCUCGAGGCGCGGGUGGGCGAGGUGCAGCGGCAGGCCGAGGCGGCGGUGGCGGCGGCGCGGGACGACUGCAGCGCGCAGCUGCAGCGCCACGGCACCGCGCUGAGGGGCGAGCUCAACGGGCUGCGCGGCAAGGUGGCCCUACUGCGCGACGAGGUGCGGCAGCGGCUGGCGUCUGCAGGCAAGGAGUGGGCGGCGCGGCUGGCGGAGGUCAACAGCAGGUGGACGCAGCACACCGCGGCCCUGCAGUCGCAGCACUCAGCUGCGCUCGAGUCGGAGCGCCGGCGGCACGCCGAGGCGCGCGCGGCGCUGCAGGACGAGCUCGACGCCGCGCGCGCCGAGCUGCAGCGGCAGCAGCAGCGGGAGAGGGACCUGCGGGGGCGGCUGGCAGAGCUGGGGGCGGCAGUGGCGGAGGGCCUGCGGGAGCGCUGGGCUGCAGCAGCGGCGGCGGCGGCAGGGCAGGGUGGGGGCGCUGGGGAGGGCGCUGGCGCAGAGGACGAGGCGGCGGCCGUGGCGGCAGAGGCGCUGGCGUCGGAGGAGCCGGGACGGAUUUUGGAGGGCUUUGAGGCCGCGUGGGCGCUGCUGGUGGCUGAGCUGGCGGCAGUGGCGGAGGACCGCGACCAGCUGCUGUCCGACAGCGCCGCGCUGGCUGCUGACCUGUCGUCCUGCGCCACAAACCUGCAGGCGUUGUCGUCCAUGCUGGCGCUGACCGUGCCGCUGGGCCCGGCGGUGCAGGCGGGGCUCAACGCGCGCGACCCCCAGCUGUUUGAGGAGCAGCUGCAGGCGGCGCACGAGGCUCUGGUGGGCCACAUCGCCGCUGAGAGCGCGCGGGUCGCGUCAGAGGUCGAGUGCGGGCCGCUGGCCGAGGCGGCGGGUCGCUCCGAGGCACUGGAGGGCCAGCUAGCGGCGGCGGCUGCGGCGCUGGAGGCGGCGCGACGGGAGCGGGAAGCUGACGCGAUUGCCUUUGACGACUCGCUGCGGCGCUGCAGGCAGGAAUGCAGCGAGGGCGCAGAGGUGGCGCGGCAGGAGAGCCUGUCGCAGCUGCGGGGCGAGGUGGCGGCGCUCAAGGUACGGGGAAGAGGCGAGGGUCCGGGCCACGGCGCGCAGGCGCACCUCCUGCGGUGCGCAAGGUAG